AUGCCAGACAAGACGUACGAUGCAAUCAUCAUCGGGGGAGGCCCAAUUGGGCUCGCGGCCGCCUACGAGAUAGCCAAAGCUGGCGCCAGUGCCCUCGUCCUCGAGCAGAAUAAUUUCUUCAACCAGGCAGGAAGCUCCAAUGACCUCGCUCGCAUGUUUCGAACGAUGUAUACUGAGGACUUCAUGGCCGACCUAGCUAAAGAGGCAAUGAGCCUUUGGGACGACCUCGAAAAAGACUCGGGUACUUCCCUCAGAUGGAUGAGUGGCUUGUUGAAUUUUGGAGAUCCAAACUUUGGCGGCAGCACUCCGGAGGGAACACUGAACGGCCCGAUAAAAAACCUCGACAGACUUGGCAUGUCCUACAAGAAGUUGAAAGCCAAAGACAUCGAGGAUCGCUACCCGUUCAAAAACCUACCUGGCGAUUGGGAGGGCCUCUACGCGCCGGACAACGGCGUCAUCAACGUUCAACUACUCUUGCGUACUUUGCUGAGUCUAGCAAAGGACUAUGGAGCUGAGGCCAAGCAACACACACGCGUCGAGAACAUUAAUCCUUCUCAGGAUGACAACAACAUUUGGGAAGUACACACAAUCCGUCAUGACAGGGAUACCAUUGUUUUUAAGGCGAAGAAAAUUAUUAUCGCGUCAGGGGCUUAUAUCAACCAUGUGCUGAAGCCAAGCUUUGGUAUAUCCUUGGACCUCGAUAUAUGGGAGAUGGUGUUUAAUUACUUCAACGCCAACGCCGGACCGAACGGCACGAUUUUCCCCAGCAUGUGGUUCCAAUUUGCUCCCGAUAAAAAUGGGAGAUCUCAACUCUUCUACGGCUUUCCCGCUGUGCCCUGGGGCCCUCCUAAUUCCACCAGGAUCGCCGUUGAUGCUGCUACCUCCCGAAUCAAGGAUCCUAGUGCGCGCAGAACGAAUGUGGUCAAUCCCGAAGAUAUCCGGGAUACACAGGACUUCAUCAAAGAGCACCUCGUUGGCGUAGACUCCACAGUGCCAGCUUUUACUGGAAGUUGUCUGCAAACCAAUGUCUUUGACAACAUGUUCGUUCUGGACUAUGUUCCACAAGAGUAUCUUCGUGGCGGGCCCAAAGACAGCGUCAUGUUAUUUACGGCCGGAUGGGCGAUGAAAUUCGUACCGUUGCUCGGAAAGGCACUAGCAGAGAUGGCUCUUCGGGGCAGUUCUGAGUAUGCGCGCAAGGAGUUUUCGGUGACGCGCCGAGACGCCGAGACGGGUAAGGGUAUCAUCGUGGAGGAUCAAGGCAUCGAGGAGCGUGCCGAGGUAUCAAGCUUUUCUUCGUUCAGCCAACAGGCCUCGGGCUCCUCAAUUAGGAGACACCACAAUUUCGGCCUGUAA